UUUAGCAAAUUAAAAAAAACAAACAAAAGUAACAUGACGAAAAAAGUUUGCCUAAUCCUUGCGGUAGUAUUGAUGUCACAGGCCAGCCGAGCAUGUGACGACAACAAAGAAGAGGAAUUGGCAAUACAGCAAUCAGACGAAUAUUUUGCAAGAGCCUACGGAUUCACACCUGAAACUUGGAACACUCUUUACCACAAGCCCAGCUCAAGUCUUCAGGACGCACUUGACGUAAGUCCUUAUGAAGGACGAACGUUAUUCAAAAGGCCGCAAUCGAGCAAUAACUCAUUCAAGAAAUACUUCAACCGAGACCAAGAGGAUCACGAAAACCACGGUCGAUUUGCGUUCGCUGGUUUGGGUGCCAACAUAGUCAACACCGGCCUGUUCAACAACAGGUACACACCCGCCAAUACGUGGAGGCCGUUGAUCACCCUAGCCAAGAGAAUACCGAUUUCAGUGAAUCCCAAUUUCAACAACCCACUGGGCAGCUUCGAUCCCUGCAAUUCGAACGGUGGCGAAUCGGGAAUCUGCACUUCGGGAUCAGUCUGUUCCUUGUUCGGUGGACGCCCUAGCGGCCCUUGCGACCAAGGACAAGUCUGUUGUAUCAAUGUGAUUAAUUCUUGCGGGAGCAUUGUCACGCUCAACAAUACCUACUGGCAAACGCCACCUACUGCCCUACGCAGCCCUUGUACGUUAACUGUCAGAAUGGACCCCAAGUUUAUUGAACAAAAAAACAACCCCAUUUGCCAAAUUCGUUUGGAUUUCGUGUCGUUCACGACAUCCCAGCCGACCGCCGGAACAUGUACGGAUACAUUUCAAGUUGGUGGAGUGUCUAACGAGGUUCCUACGAUUUGUGGUGACAACAGAGGCCAACAUAUGUAUCUUCACGUCCCAUUGUCAUCCAACAAUCCCACCGAUGUUCAACUCUUAUUCAAUUUCGCGUCUGGUACGACCAUCAGCCGUUCGUGGAACAUCAAAAUUGCAAUGCUGCCGUGCGGCGCCACGUACCUCGCUCCCAUUGAUUGCCUCCAGUAUUUCACCUCUACCAGAGGGAGAGUCAGUUCGUUCAACUGGCAAGACGUCGCUGGGGCUCGUCAACUCAAUAAUCAAAAUUACAACAUCUGUUUCAGAACUGAACUCAUUUCCUCACAGAAAGCGACCCGGAUGUGCAUGUCGGUUUGUUCCGCAACGGAUGGCGACGCUUUCUCUAUUACGACCCCUCCCGCUGUCCUCCUAGUGGCUUCCGCGAACACCGGAUUUGCUUCAGCUGUCACCACCGACGCAAUGGAAGCAGCACAAAACUCAGCUGUAGGUGCGACAUACACCGACCAAAGUCGAGCCAACGGGAUAACUGUUGCAACCUGCUUGUACGAUUAUUUACUUAUACCGGGCGGACGUGACGCCAAUAACGUCGAAGCGGAUCGCUAUUGUGGCAACAAAUUGAACCCAUCACCAGGUUCUGUAAAAUUCCAAAAUGUAUGUACAAACCUAUUUCAACAGCGAGUUUUCAUAUCUGGGACAGACACCAAUGUGCAAGUCUGCACUCCGAUUAGACCUUUCAAAUUGACCUAUCAAACGGAUGGUCAAGAAACGGCGGUGGAUGCAGUUCCAGCAACAAAUACUAUUCAGGCAUUGGCUGAUGUGAGCAAUACUGGAUUUUGUUUGGAGUUUCAAGAAAACUAAGACGUUCCAAACAAAACCUUUUGAACGAAAAGUGGUCUAUUUGUGCUCCAGUGUUAAAGCUGAAUGCAACUUCAUCGUAACUUGUCUCUGCGAAACAUUUAGUUAUUGUAGCUGCUUAUUAAUAGUCCAAUGAAAAAGAACUAAUCGUGCUUCGUAAUCUCUUCCAAAGGAAAUUUUAAAAACGUAUUUAUUUAAUGGCGGCCCAAAAUGGAAAAGAAACACAACAUGCCUAACUA